UGGAGGAUUAAGUGGGGAAGCGGGGCUGUGGGGCGCUGGACCCCGAAAUAAGGAGAGCCCCCCUCUUCCUCCUCCUCCGGCAGUUCAGCAAAGGGGCGUUCCUGGCUCCCCCCCCCCCGGAAUCCCAGCUGAGGGGGGGGGGAUAAGGCAGGCGCUGCUGAGCUGGCGGGCGAGGAAGCGGCUCUGGCGCCGAGAUCAGGAAGGGAAACCAGGCCGGGGGGGGGUCCCACGCCCUCCCGCAAGAUCCGCGCCUGGUGCCAGGGGGCAAGCCGACAUCCCGGCAGAUGUACCCCAGACCUGGAACUCCCCCCCCCCCGCCUCCCCCGUGCGCUUUUGUCUCUGUGGAACCAGAGCAGAGACCAGAGGCAGAAUGUUUUGCCCCAGAGGUUCCUGUUGUUUGGGAGCUCCUUUUCUACUGCGUAUUCAUGGGGAGGACCUCUUCCUUGAAGGCCCAGCAGAGUAUUAAAUGCAGUUGCCAGAUCUUUGAGGCCAUCUGGGAAGACACACCGUCCACCUCAGGCAAGAGUGAAAAGACAUACUUGAUGUCUUCUCCGCCAUCUCCUGUGCUUGGCGAAAGGAAGAGAGCCACCAUGCAGCCAGCUCAGGAUGGAGUAUCCUUUGAAGAGGUGGCUGUGUAUUUCACUAUGGAGGAGUGGGUCCUGUUGCGGCCAACGCAAAGGGCUCUGUACAAGGAAGUGAUGCUGGAGAACUUUCGGAAUGUGUCUUCUGUGGGUCCUCUGAUUGCUAAGCCUGAACUCAUAGCCCAACUAGAAGAGGAAGAAGAGGUGUUUCUCAAGAUCUUCGAUGAAAAGGAGGAACUAGCAGGAGAAGUGGAGUCAGCGAAUGAAAUGAAAGAGCGUUGUGUGAGGGAAAAACAAGAUACAUAUUCAGAUGGAAAGGACGGCAUUGAAUGUUGUGAUGCCCUGAAAAAGGAGAACCCAUAUAAUUCUCUGGAGUGUGGCAAAGACUUCAGUGAGAGUGGAAGCCUUACCUCCCAUCAAAGAAUACACACAGGGGAGAAACCAUACAAAUGCCUGGAGUGUGGAAAAGGCUUCCGUGGGAGUGCACACCUCACUUCCCACCAAAGAAUUCACACAGGCGAGAAACCAUAUAAAUGCCCGGAGUGUGGAAAAGACUUCAGUGAGAGUGGAAACCUUACUACCCAUCGAAGAAUGCACACAGGGGAGAAACCAUAUAAAUGCCAAGAGUGUGGAAAAGGCUUCAGUGAGUGCGGAAACCUCACUACCCAUCGAAGAAUACACACAGGGGAGAAACCAUAUAAAUGCCAGGAGUGUGGAAAAGGCUUUAGUUACAGUGGCAGCCUGAAAUCCCAUCAAAAAAUUCACACAGGGGAGAAACCAUAUAAAUGCAUGGAGUGUGGAAAAGCCUUCAGUUACAGUGCAAACCUCAAAUCCCAUCAAAAAAUCCACACAGGGGAGAAACCAUACAAAUGCCUGGAGUGUGGGAAAAGCUUCAGUCAGAGUGGAAGCCUCAAAUCCCAUCAAAAAAUUCACACAGGUGAGAAACCAUAUAAAUGCAUGGAAUGUGGAAAAGGUUUCAGUACGAGUGGAGCCCUUAUUUCCCAUCAAAGAACUCACACAGGGGAGAGACCAUUCAGAUGCCUGAAGUGUGGGAAAGACUUCCGUACGAGGGGACACCUUACUUCACAUCGAAUAAUUCACACAGGGGAGAAACCAUAUAAAUGCCUGGAGUGUGGGAAAGACUUCCGUACAAGGGGACACCUUACUUCACAUCGAACAAUUCACACAGGGGCAAAACCAUAUAAAUGCCCGGAGUGUGGGAAAGCUUUCAAUUUCAGAGCAACACUUGCUUCACAUCAGAUAACUCACUCAGGGCAGAAACCGUAUAUAUGCCAGGAGUGUGGCAAAGACUUCUAUGAGAGGAAACAGCUUACUUCACAUCGAAGAAUUCACACUGGAGAGAAACCAUACAAAUGCCUGGAGUGUGGCAAAGACUUCACUAUGAGUGGACACCUUACUUCACAUCGAAGAAUUCACACAGGAGAGAAACCAUACAAAUGCCUGGAGUGUGGAAAAGGCUUCCGUGAGAGUACACACCUCACUACCCACCAAAGAAUUCACACAGGCGAGAAACCAUACAAAUGCCUGGAGUGUGGAAAAGCCUUCAGUCGCAGCACAAAUCUUAUUUUACAUCAGACAGUUCACACAAUGGAGAAACCGGACAAAUACCUGGAGUGUGGAAAAGACUUCAGUCAGAGUGGAAACCUUUCUUUUCAUUUUGGAAUUCACACAAGGGAGAAACCAUACAAAUGCCUGGAGUGUGGAAAAGGCUUCCGUGAGAGUGGACACCUCACUUCCCACCGAAGAAUACACACAGGGGAAAAACCAUAUAAAUGCGAGAAGUGUGGAAAAAGCUUCAGUCAGAGUGGUAGCCUCAAAUCCCAUCAAAAAAUUCACACAGGGGAGAAGCCAUAUAAAUGCCAGGAAUGUGGAAAAGGCUUCAGUCAGAGUGGAAACCUCACUACCCAUCAAAGAAUUCAUACAGGCGAGAAACCAUACAAAUGCCUGGAGUGUGGAAAAAGCUUCCGUGAGAAUGCACACCUCACUCUCCACCAAAGAAUACACACAGGGGAGAAACCAUAUAAAUGCCAGGAGUGUGGAAAAAGCUUCAGUCAGGGUGGAAGCCUUACUGUCCAUUUAGGAAUUCACACAGGGAAGAAACCAUAUAAAUGCAUGGAAUGUGGAAAAGGUUUCAGUACAAGUGGAGCCCUCAUUUCCCAUCAAAGAAUUCACACACAGGGGAAACCAUUUAAAUGCUAGGAGUGUCAAAAGGUUUUAGUCAGAGUGGAACCCUUAUUUCCCAUGAAAGUAUUCACACUGGGGAGAAACCAUUCAUAUGCCUGGAGUGUGGAAAAGACUUCUGUGAGAGGAGACACCUUACUUCACAUCGUAGAAUUCACACAACGACAAAACCAUAUAAAUACCUGGAGUGUGGGAAAGCCUUUAAUUUCAGGGUAACACUUGCUUCCCUUCAGAGAACUCACUCAGGGUAGAACUCACAUUAAUGCUAGGAGUGUGGAGUAGCCUUCAGUUACAGUUCAAACCUCACCUCCCAUCAAAGAAUUCACAGAAGGGGGAACCCAUAUAAAUUCCUGGUGUGAGGAAAAGCCUUCAGUCACAGUAGAAACAGUAGAAACCUUACUUCCCAUCAAAGAAUUCACUCAGGGAGAAAUGAAAUAAAUGUCUUGAAUUCAGAAGAAGGUUUCAAUGAAAAUAGGCACUUAUUUCCCAUCAAACAAUUCACGCUUGUAUGAAGACUCCAUAUAAAUGGCUGGAGCGUGGAAAAAGUUUCAGCUGGGUUUCACACCUUACGUAUCAUCAAAGAAAUCACGUGGGAGAAAUCAUAGUAAAUACAGCUAACUAGUCUCUAUUCUAUGCUGCAAUCUCUGAUAGCAUUUGGGUCAGUUAUUCCUUUUUGACGACUGACCUUUCUGGUGAGCCUUGUAACAUGAAAACACUGGCCAACAGUAACCUAUUCAUAGACUCCAUUUUCAGAGCUAAUUGUUUCUCUUUGGUUUUUUUUAAAUCUAGAUUACCUUCUUCUCUAUUGAUUCUACUCUCUGACCCAAGUUUUCUUCUGGCCAUAUUUUUAUUGCUCUUUUUCCUCUUUCCCUUUUCCCUCCUGAGUUCUCAAUCACUUUAUACAAACCUGGCCUGGUUA